GUGUGUUUUCAUAUAUACGCGUGUCGGAAUCGUCGGUUAUAGAUUGGCUCGCAGGUUCUGUAAAGUUAGGUUAGCUCUCCGCGACGAUCCAGUACCGCCAAGGCCUGUUGACACUUGUUUUCUGCUCUCUUAACGUGUUGUAUCGAGAGAAUCACCAUGAACGGCCAGAGCGACAGCAGCACCGAGACGAAGACCGCACCGGUCCGUCCGGUCCCCCCGGGCCUAUGCACCGGUGGGCCCCGCCACACCAUCGACGCCAUCCUCGGGCUCCACAUGCGGGGGCCUGGCCGUGACCUGGCGGGAAGACAUCCGCCGGAGCCCGACGAAGCUCUGGCGACGUACGGUGACGACGACGGUCAGGACCAGAGCGAAGCCCUGAAUCUCGUGGUGGACAUUCUCAACGCCAGCGACGACGAAAACCGCACCGUCAAACCGGUCACACACUCUGCCAACGGUUUCCCGUCCGCUCCGCAGACUCCAAACGGCAACGGCGCUGCUGAGACGGCCGAAGACGCGGACGACCGAGCAGAAGACGAGAAGACGCAGGUGGGAGAAGACAUGAAGAAGAAACACCGGCGGAAUCGGACCACGUUCACCACGUUCCAGCUGCACGAGCUGGAGCGCGCCUUUGAGAAGUCUCACUACCCUGACGUGUACAGCCGCGAGGAGCUGGCCAUGAAGAUCAACUUGCCGGAAGUGCGCGUACAGGUGUGGUUCCAGAACCGCCGUGCGAAGUGGCGCCGUCAGGAGAAGAUAGAAGCCCAGACCAUGAAGCUGCACGACUACCCCAUGGCGGCGCUGAACCACGUGCGGAACCCGGAGCGCGCCUCCCUGGCCGCCAACCUGCCCGUGGACCCUUGGAUGACGGCUCCCAUUGCCAGCGCCGCCGCCAUCUCCGGCUUCCCGCUCUCCCCGACCACCUCCAUAGCCUCCAACUCGGUCUUCGCGGCGUCGCUCCUGUCCUCCGCCACCCUGCCGGCUAUGUUCCCCAUAGCCUCGCUCCCGGACCUCACCAAAGUGGCCCCGGACAGCAGGAGCGCCAGCGUGGCCGCCCUCAGGAUGCGGGCUAGGGAGCACCUCGAGUCUAUGGGGAAGAUGUUUUCGUACUCAUGAGUUAGUUUGCAACUCAGGGGAGAGACAGGUAGACCCAAGAAAGGUUUCAACUACAGGAGGCAGGAACGAUUCAGAGGUAGCACAUGUUCGAAAGUAAAGUGGGCUGUGCCAUUUUGUGUUGUCCUUGCACGGACUCGGACAGGAUAUGUUACUCAGUACUAUGUAUUUGGUGUUUCUAUCCCCGUGCAAUCCUGUGAACAAGUGGCCUUGUGUGCUCUGUGUAAACUUAACUUAACGGUAGUCUCACUACUUUCUUUCCCUACCGCACUCUUUACUUUCCUGCCGAUCAUAAUCUUUCUUCACUCUUUCCUUCUUUUCCUCCACCUUUUCUGCAAUUUUUAUCUUUCUUUCUUUCUUUUUCUUUCUUUCUUUCUUUCUUUCUUUCUUUCUUUCUGUGAAGAGAAUUGUACAUUGUGACUAAAUUAUCUUAAUCAGAAUCAUGUAUAUUGUAAUAGGAAGUAUUCCUCCUGGAACUGCUGUGUAAGAUAUCGUGCCUUGGUGAUGUCGUUAUGACGUCAGUACUUGGUUGGGUCGUCUUCUCCAAGUCGUUUUUAUGUAGUUCAUAUGAAAGCAUGAAGUGCAAUAUAUUGUGAAAGACUUUUUGUUUGUUUGUUUGCUUGUUUGUUUGAAUAUUGCUUUAUCCUACAAUCAAUACGACAUAUAAGUGAGAAUCUUUGACAGAAAUACUGAUGUAACUGGUGUUUUGGACUUCUUCCUUCGAUUACGAUUCCAGUAGGUCCAAACACCUGACGAUAACGAAAGACACAUCGUUCCUGAAGUUGUUAAGGACAGUUUGUCUUUCCUUACAAGAGAGAAUUGAUGAUCUUAGAGACCAGUCCAAACUGCAUUACUUUACAACCAUCUGAUUUAACAUCACCCCGUUGAUCAAGGAUACUAGAGUUGAGGCCGGACCUCUGUAAAAUGUUUAUAAGCAGGCUUGAUGUCUUGCCAUUGGACGUAAAGAAAGAACUUACGACUUAUAUUGUCACUCAACCCGACACGCAGUUGAUGCUCAGCAUGCCCGCACGGACACAUUCGUCUGUUUCAUAUUUGGUGUUUAUCUCCUUUGUCCAACUGACUUAUUCGAAAUGUUGAUAUUUUGUGGUAGACUGUACCUCGUUUGUGAAAAUAGAAUGCAUGCACUAUCUAUUGAUUGUUAAAAGAAAUAUAUAUGGUUGGUUAUCUGUUUGUUUCUUUGUAUGUAUUUGCAUGGUUUGACCACUUUUGAGUAAUAAAGAUUUGACUU